GUCAACGCUAAGGUAGAGGACAAAGAGCCUGGGAACGAGACUGCCUCACUAUGUUGCAUAAUGACUUCCUAAUGACGUCAUAAUAACAUCACUGACAUAUUUUUUAUGCAAUCUGGUCGCUCGUGGUCACUCUUGGACACCCAAGAUCACCCGUGGUCACUCGUUUGUACUUUUAGACCAACGGCCGCCCCUACCGGUCGCACACUUGCACACCCGCUUGCGCUUGAAAAUAGCGCUUUCACGUUAAAAACAUCCCAAACCCUCUUCCUUAGUGUUUCAAUAGGAUAUGAACAGCAGUUAUUUAAAUUCUUGGGUGACAAAAACAGAGGAUUUAUUUUGUUAAACCUGGUUAAACAAAACAAAUUUGUUCCGUGACCGAUGGAAACUGAUCUAUUCUUUGUGGUUUCUGUGGUUGAAGAUCUUGCCUGUGAUUGGUUUUAACACAAUAAACAUUCCAGGCAUAUUUAGGUGUUCAAGGUUUUGUUAGCCUCCUAACGUAUAACGCCGACGCUGUUUGAGCUCGUCACGCAAGAUUGGGGGUAUUUUGUCUUACGCCGCCAUUUUUUCCUCGCGGUUUGUUUACCGUCUCGCUCGACGGACUAAGCGAAAGAGGGACUACUCGUAGUCUAGUUUGACUGUAAUUUUUUUUACUCAGAGAGCUUCGGUUGGUGCAACUACAAACCCUUGACCAAACUCUUGACCUUCAUGAUCAGACUGCAGGGAUUUUUCUCAGAACUUCUGGAAUAAAAGUCAAGAAUCAUCGCCGGAAUAGCUGAUAAACAAACAAUGGAAGGUGACUCAAUCUGGGGAUCUAAAGAUUUUCAAGUUCCGGAGUACUUCAACUUUGCUGACGUCCUAGAUGAGUGGGCAAGCAAAGAAAAGAAUGGUCAAAGAGAAGGCGACAUUCCCGCUUUGUGGUGGGUCGAUGGCGAAGGACUAGAGGUGAAGUGGAAUUUUCAAGAUCUUGCUUCAAACUCGAAGCGGGCUGCAAACGUUUUGUGCACCGCUGCCAACAUCAAGCCAGGAGACAGAGUGAUGAUUUUGGUGCACAGAAUUCCCGAGUACUGGUUGAUUCAACUAGCGUGUUUAAGAACAGGUACCUAACAUGUUUUUAAAUUUGAUAGUUGUCCGCUCGUUUUGGUUUGUAAAAAUAACAUACUCCCAUGUUUUGGUGAAAAUCUUUAGGACACUGGACAAAUUGUCAACUUGUCACAAAUGUUUCUGAACUGCGAAGCAUUUUUCAA